AUGGUGAUGAAAGUCGCACGCAUCGUGGUCGUUCACGCCACACUGUGCGCUGCGUCGACCGUUCUCGUGCACGCAGCGCCGCUCGAGUAUAACCCGUACACCCCGGUUGACCUCAAUGCGCCACUGACGGCUUCCCAUCCAGCGUACGGUGCCAAGCUCAACAGCGACCACGUCCAACCGGUCAUUGCGGUUGACCCGAACGAAGCAACUGCUCAGGCGAUUGCGGUCGAGACCAACGUGACGUCUCGCCGGCUGCACGACAUGGAGCACUCGACACCUUCGUCGUCGGACAUGAACGACCUUGCGGCGUACUUCGGCGAGCAACUGGACGUCAGCUUCAUGUCGCUGAAGCAGCACUAUUGCCACGCCUCGAGCUCGGCCACGCCGUGGCCGAGCAGCUACUGGCCCACUUUCCAGGACAGCAUCAACCACGUCUGGAAGAGUGGGGAAGUCGCGGUAUCGGCAAAGUACGCUGCAGCCUAUGGCCUCAACGUCCACGAGUUCCAGGACAAAAUCUCUGCCACGAACGGUAUUGACUCGUGCGCGAGGGGCAAAGUGUGCCGUCAGACCGCUGACUGCAACGGCAGCGGCGAAUGUGCAAAACGAGACGGCGCCUCAAGCGGCUAUUGUAUCCCUCGAUGGUAUGGCCUUUGCCACGCAUGGGCGUCUGCUGCACUGCUGGAGCAAGAGCCAAAGUGUAGCGUCGAGAUGAACAACGUGACGUUCCGUGUACUCGACAUCAAAGCGCUGCUGACGGAAGUGUACGACGGCGCUGCGGUCUCGACCGUGUUCACUGGCGCGCGCUUCGAUGGCCCCGAUACGGCUUCCGACGUCGACCAAUACGGACGCUACACGUGCGCAGCCCGCCGUGACACAGGCGCUGGUUUCUUCCACAUUGCCAUCACCAACAUCAUGGGCAAACACCAGACUUUGCUCGUGAUGGAUGUAGUCGCUGGACUGGAAGUCUGGAACCAGCCGGUCGAGUCGUACAAUGUGCGCACCAUGGAGAUCGUUGACACUGCUGAAGUUUGCAACAAAUACUUUGGCACGAGCGUCUACCCGUUCAACACCGAGAUGGUCCAGUUGGCGUACGUCAAGACCACAGUCACUUGGGCUGCUGCGGCCAAAGCCGAUGGCCCGCUGGCGCUCGACGACAAAAAUGGCGGCGGCUACAUCGUGUCGAACGACUACGAGUACCUUCUGGAGCUCGACGCGGAUGAGAACAUCAUUGGCGGCGAGUGGGUUGGAAGCUCGAAGACCGACCACCCCGACUUCUUGUGGUUUCCCACGCACAAGCCCGACACGCUGACAGUCACGAGUACCGGUGUUAGCUAUGCCCACGUCCAAGAGUUACUCGAGCUGUCACUUGCUUGUAACUCGACUAGCAGCGAGAGUGAAAAAACGAUCAUGAAUGGAGGCGUUGACACCGAUACGGAGCCUAUCUCGCCAAAAGACGAGGCAGGCACAAUGAUUCCCGAGACGCCCGACCAGGAGUCGCCGUUGACGCCUUUGGUGCCCACCCCGGAGGUCGCCACCGAUGCGUCCACGGACGGUGACGUUGCGUCCACGCCCGCACCGACGAUGACAACGCCCGACUUGCACGUGACGCCCGCGCCGAGUGUGGAGCAGGAGACGGACGAGACGCCCGACCAGGAGUCGCCGUUGACGCCAUGGAUGCCCACCCCGGAGGUCGCCACCGAUGCGUCCACGGACGGUGACGUUGCGUCGACGCCCGCACCGACGAUGACAACGCCCGACUUGCACGUGACGCCCGCGCCGAGUGUGGAGCAGGAGACGGACGAGACGCCCGACCAGGAGUCGCCGUUGACGCCUUUGGUGCCCACCCCGGAGGUCGCCACCGAUGCGUCCACGGACGGUGACGUUGCGUCGACGCCCGCACCGACAAUGACAACGCCCGAAUUGCACGUGACGCCCGCACCGAGUGUGGAGCAGGAGACGGACGAGACGCCCGACCAGGAGUCGCCGUUGACGCCUUUGGUGCCCACCCCGGAGGUCGCCACCGAUGCGUCCACGGACGGUGACGUUGCGUCCACGCCCGCACCGACGAUGGCAACGCCCGACUUGCACGUGACGCCCGCGCCGAGUGUGGAGCAGGAGACGGACGAGACGCCCGACCAGGAGUCGCCGUUGACGCCAUGGAUGCCCACCCCGGAGGUCGCCACCGAUGCGUCCACGGACGGUGACGUUGCGUCCACGCCCGCACCGACGAUGGCAACGCCCGUCUUGCACGUGACGCCCGCGCCGAGUGUGGAGCAGGAGACGGACGAGACGCCCGACCAGGAGUCGCCGUUGACGCCAUGGAUGCCCACCCCGGAGGUCGCCACCGAUGCGUCCACGGACGGUGACGUUGCGUCGACGCCCGCACCGACGAUGGCAACGCCCGUCUUGCACGUGACGCCCGCGCCGAGUGUGGAGCAGGAGACGGACGAGACGCCCGACCAGGAGUCGCCGUUGACGCCAUGGAUGCCCACCCCGGAGGUCGCCACCGAUGCGUCCACGGACGGUGACGUUGCGUCGACGCCCGCACCGACGAUGGCAACGCCCGACUUGCACGUGACGCCCGCGCCGAGUGUGGAGCAGGAGACGGACGAGACGCCCGACCAGGAGUCGCCGUUGACGCCUUUGGUGCCCACCCCGGAGGUCGCCACCGAUGCGUCCACGGACGGUGACGUUGCGUCCACGCCCGCACCGACGAUGACAACGCCCGACUUGCACGUGACGCCCGCGCCGAGUGUGGAGCAGGAGACGGACGAGACGCCCGACCAGGAGUCGCCGUUGACGCCAUGGAUGCCCACCCCGGAGGUCGCCACCGAUGCGUCCACGGACGGUGACGUUGCGUCGACGCCCGCACCGACGAUGACAACGCCCGACUUGCACGUGACGCCCGCGCCGAGUGUGGAGCAGGAGACGGACGAGACGCCCGACCAGGAGUCGCCGUUGACGCCUUUGGUGCCCACCCCGGAGGUCGCCACCGAUGCGUCCACGGACGGUGACGUUGCGUCGACGCCCGCACCGACGAUGACAACGCCCGACUUGCACGUGACGCCCGCGCCGAGUGUGGAGCAGGAGACGGACGAGACGCCCGACCAGGAGUCGCCGUUGACGCCUUUGGUGCCCACCCCGGAGGUCGCCACCGAUGCGUCCACGGACGGUGACGUUGCGUCGACGCCCGCACCGACGAUGGCAACGCCCGACUUGCACGUGACGCCCGCGCCGAGUGUGGAGCAGGAGACGGACGAGACGCCCGACCAGGAGUCGCCGUUGACGCCUUUGGAUGCCCACCCCGGAGGUCGCCACCGAUGCGUCCACGGACGGUGA